GAAAUAGACUGUCAUUCUGGCUGUGUCCUUGUUAGCUAACGAGCUAAGUGCGUUAGCUGCCAUAACAGGCAAGCAAAUGUGCACCAUUUGGAAAGAUGAAUUAAACCGUGCCUAAAGAGUGAAUUUGAAAGAGAUUUGCGUUCGUCCGCUGUUGAUAACGGCACCAUGUUGCGUGUCGGGAGUAAAGCUGCCUGCAUGGCCUGCAGGAACCUGGUCUCCACCAACAUGGGGGUGAGAUUUCGGGUACCACUACAGAAGCUGCACCCUCUGUCCCGUGCCAUCCAUCACCGCUACUCUGGGAACAACAACCCUCAGCGUCCUCCUCAUCGCACGGCAGCCCGCUAUUUCACCUCCAUGUCACGGCUGCCCAUGCGGCCUCCCAAGCCUCCCCCAGGGUCGGGCGGCCGUAACUACCAGCAGCAGCGCAAUUUCUGGGUGGCCCGCCUCGCUGCCCGGCUGCUAAAGCUCCGAUACAUUCUGCUGGGCUCGGCAGUGGGAGGAGGGUACACAGCUAAAAAGACGUAUGAGGAGUGGAAGGACAUGCUGCCUGAUUUUAGUGAAUACAACUGGGUCAUUCCUGAUUUUGUCUGGGAACUGAGUGAACAAAUUGAUUUCGAUAAACUGGCCAAAGCUCUACCAGAGAUGGAGGAAAUAGCAAAACUACUACCUGAUCUAGACAAGAUAGGAGAGAACUUCACUUUCCUCAAAAGCCUCCUGUCCUCUGGUGUGAGUUUGGGUAGUGAAGUCAAAGGAGCUUCUGGUCUGCAUCUGUUGUUAGAAACCACAGGCGAUCCUCCACUAAAAGCCACAGAUUCAUCUACUGCGUCACCGCAAGAUGGCAGCGACAAACAAUACAAAAAGCAGGGUCUGCUUGGCGAGCUCAUUCUAAUUCAGCAGCAGAUCCAGCGGCACGAGGAGGAGGUCCGGCGGGCCGCAGCAGCCAAUAAUGCGCGUCCCCCACCGCCAGAGCCUGCUCCCAGUCCGCCUCCGAACCCCAGCCCCCCUCAACAGAAGCGCAAGACAUCAGACAAAGAAAAGCUAGAUCAGCUUCAAGAAGAACUGCUCCGUACACAGCUAAAAUAUCAGCGCAUGCUGGAGAGACUGGAGAAGGAGAAUAAAGAGUUAAGGAAAGUGGUGCUGCAAAAAGAUGAUAAAGGCAUUCACCAAAGGAAAGUGAAGAAAUCCCUUAUUGACUUGUAUUCUGAAGUUCUGGAUAUCUUGUCUGACUACGAUGCCAACUACAACACCCAGGACCACUUACCCAGGGUGGUUGUGGUCGGGGAUCAAAGUGCUGGGAAGACCAGUGUGCUGGAGAUGAUAGCCCAGGCCAGGAUCUUCCCCAGGGGCUCAGGAGAGAUGAUGACCCGCUCUCCUGUCAAGGUAACAUUAAGCGAAGGCCCCCAUCACGUCGCCAUGUUUAAGGACAGUGGCCGAGAGUUUGAUCUUACCAAGGAGGAGGAUCUGGCUGCUCUGAGGCAUGAAAUUGAGCUGAGGAUGAGGAAGAGUGUGAAGGAGGGACAGACAGUCAGCUGUGAGACAAUAUCCUUGAGUGUCAAAGGCCCUGGUAUCCAACGGAUGGUGCUUGUUGACUUACCAGGUGUCAUCAGUACGGUGACGGCAGGUAUGGCAUCAGAUACUAAGGAAACCAUCUUCAGCAUCAGCAAGGCCUACAUGCAGAACCCCAAUGCAAUCAUCCUCUGUAUUCAGGAUGGCAGUGUGGAUGCAGAGCGGAGCAUUGUAACAGACUUGGUUAGCCAGAUGGACCCUCAGGGGAAGAGGACCAUCUUUGUCCUUACCAAGGUGGACUUGGCUGAAAAGAACCUGGCCAGCCCGAACAGAAUCCAGCAAAUAGUGGAAGGAAAGCUAUUUCCGAUGAAAGCCCUGGGUUACUUUGCUGUAGUGACUGGAAAAGGGAGCAGCGGUGAAAGCAUAGACUCCAUUAAAGACUAUGAGGAAGACUUCUUCCAGAACUCCAGAUUACUGAGGGAUGGCAUGCUGAAGGCCCACCAGGUGACCACCAAGAACUUGAGUCUGGCCGUCUCUGACUGCUUCUGGAAGAUGGUUAGGGAGUCUGUUGAGCAGCAGGCUGAUGUCUUCAAAGCAUCUCGCUUCAACCUGGAGACUGAAUGGAAGAACAACUACCCUCGUCUGAGAGAGCUGGACAGGAAUGAACUCUAUGAAAAGGCCAAAAAUGAAAUCUUGGAUGAAGUCAUUAGUUUAAGUCAAGUGACUCCACAACACUGGGAGUCCAUCUUGCAAAAGAAGCUGUGGGAACGUGUUUCCACCCAUGUGAUUGAAAACAUCUACCUGCCUGCUGCCCAAACAAUGGACUCCGGUACCUUUAACACCACCGUAGACAUCAAGCUCAAGCAGUGGACCGACAAGCAGCUACCACACAAAGCACUGGAGGUUGCCUGGGAGACACUGCAGGAAGAGUUUGCCCGCUUCAUGGCUGAAUACAAAGGCAAAGACCAAGACGACAUUUUUGACAAGUUGAAGGAGGCCGUGAAGGACGAGAGCAUCAAGAGACACAAGUGGAAUGAGAGGGCCAUGGACAGCCUGAGGGUGAUCCAGCACAAUGCCUUGGAAGACCGUUCCAUCACAGACAAGCCCCAGUGGGAUGCAGCCAUCCAGUUCAUGGAGGAAACCCUGCACUCACGCCUCAAAGACACUGAUUCAGUAAUCAGAGAUAUGGUGGGUCCAGACUGGAAGCAGAGGUGGCUGAACUGGAAGAAUCGCACCCCAGAACAGCACAUUCGUAAUGAAACAAAAAAUGAGCUGGAGCGCUUGCUGAAGCUACACGAUGACCACACAGCCUACCUGGCCAAUGACGAAGUCACCACAGUCAGGAAGAAUCUGGAGGGACGGGGGGUUGAAGUUGACCCUGUGCUGAUCAAGGACACGUGGCAUCAGCUGUAUCGCCGACACUUCUUGCAGAACGCACUGUCCCAUUGUAACCUCUGCAAGAGAGGUUUCUACUACUACCAGAGACACUUUGUUGACUCUGAGUUGGAGUGCAAUGACGUGGUACUGUUCUGGAGGAUCCAGAGGAUGCUGGUCAUUACAGCCAACACUCUCCGACAGCAGCUCACAAACACUGAGGUGCGCCGGUUGGAGAAAAACGUGAAGGAGGUGCUGGAAGACUUCGGGGAAGACAUGGAGAGGAAGACCCACCUCAUCACUGGCCGCCGUGUCCAGCUGGCCGAGGAUCUCAAGAAAGUUCGUGAGAUCCAGGAGAAACUUGAAGCCUUCAUAGAAGCUCUUCACAAGGAAAAAUAAGAGAACCAGAACUAUUGAAAGUAAAUGUAUGGAUCACAGCAGAGAAAUGCACUGAACAAAGACAACUAAAUCUGUAAAUGACCGUCAUCACCCCCUGGCCCUGCCCCACCACUCACCUGAUUUUAAUACCCAACGCUUGGCUUCCUGUACCCCUUCGGCUCUGACGGAAAGAUGGACCUUGACAGAAGGAUAAGAUGGAGGAACAGUUGUCAAGCUUUCUGUUUGAUUUUCCAUUUUCUUUCUUUUGUCUUGUGAACUGUCCUGUUAACUGGGGGACUUCUGCACAGGAGCCCAAACAGUCAGAUCAGGAGGAAAAUGAGAAGCUUGCACAGUGUUGUCAGACAUCUGACUGCUCAUUUUCAAUAAAUGAGGAUUGUGUACAUGUUUAUCUCCCCAGUUUUUUUUUUUUUCUUGGUUUUUUGUGUUUUUCAGCUGAUGGUCUCUGUGUAUAUCUGAUUAUAAGAGUGUGUGUCUUCACUGAACUCUACAAAGAAUCACCAUUGUCACUGUUGCUGAUGGGUGAAGUAGCCUGGAGUUUCAUACAUUUAUCUCGCUUGGUGCUCCUAAAAUACGCCAUGAUACCUACCUGGUACAAAAGAAGUUUUUUUUUUUUUUAGUUGCACUUAGGAUCCAAAGCACUUAAGUCAUCCAUCCAAGCUGCAGGUGUACUCUACAUUAACUCCACAUGUACCCUCUAAAUGAGAUGCGUGUUCUCAACCUCAGCCUUUAGAAUCGAGAAUAACUACCUGGUUCAAUAUGCAGCUUCCCUCCAGUCAACACUCUUCAUUGUAACACCACAACAACCACAACAAAUUAACAGGAUCAGCUUUGAAAUAGUUGGAAACAAUACUAUGUAUAGACUUAAUUCUCAUUAUUUUGAUCUAAUGGGGUUUAUUUGACAAUACUAUGUUUAUAUGUCUGCCAAAUGUACUUAACUUACCUUUAUGUUUCUGUCUUUGUCUUUCUGUGUGUGUGUGAUGUUUGCACCUCCAUUAUUGUACAUUAACAUUUCAUCUGUACUCUCCCUGUGUUGCAACUGACAGAUAAUAACAACAUCCAACAAAUAAUAGAUAGAUGGAUUUAAAAUGUAAUUAAAAAUAAAGGCAGAAUGUUUGUAGAUCAUUUAGACACAUAAAGCAAAGUGCUGUUUUUAACAGGUUACUCAAUAGCCAUAUUACAUCAUCAGUUAAAAACAUCUUUAACGGUUUAAAAAUACAUUAUCAACCAGUUUAGAUGUAUAUUUAAUUUGAUUUUGAAAAGCUACGCCACCGUCAGUCAGUCCUCCACUUUGGACCAGGGAUUUAGUCUUUCCCAGUUUAAUAUCCAGUCUGUCUUUACGAGUUGGUCCAGUUACACAGGAGUUGGUGGGUUGUCUUGAAGCGUUUCCAAUCUGCACCAGGUUUAAUGUCCUUUGUUAAUUUGGCACACCAGUUAUGUCUCCAUACAUGUACUCAUGCACUUUUUCUCUCCUGUCUGCGAUUUAAUGGUAGUUAAGAUCUUAUGUCUCUUGCUACUUCAGAGAAUGAGACCAAACACCCAAAAAACUACAGAAAUAUUUAUCUCCCUUUUGCAAAUUAACAGGAAUUGUCCACAUAGUUAAGAAAGAAUGAAAAUAUCCAACAUGCUAGUUAAUUUAAACUCUUUUAGAAGUCACUGUCCAGGGCCAGAUGUUUUCACAAUGCUCUCAAUCUUGUGCUUCUUCCUCAUUUUCCUCUUCAACCGCUUAAUUCGCAUCGUCUCUCUUUGCACCUCCACCAUUUCGACUAUUCUGACUCUUUCCAUCACCCAUGUAGACCCCCACUCACUCUUCCUAGCUAUAAAAACAGUCGGAUGUUCGACUAAAUGAGGAGUGAGAGACUCUGUUAGCCCUGUUCUUUCAUGCAUUCAUGUGUAUAUGGGUAUAUAUAUAUAAUACGCCGUGCAUUCUGUACAGGUACAGUUAAUGGGAAGUCAUGGAGUCACUAUCAUGUACAGCACGUGUAUGCAGAGUGAGCCACUUGUGUAACAGAAAACCGGUGAGUUGGUUCAAAAAAUGUUUUAUGUUGUAGAAAGUAAUGUUUGCAUGGUGUACCCCAUCAGAUGUGCUUUAUUUAUUAAAUUUGUGUUUAAAAGAAAAAAGUGAAAAUAAAAUUGACAUAAAUAAAAAUGACCUUUUUUA